UAAACGCAUUAGAAGUUUUAGAAGUAGAAUCUGAACCUGAGGUUGGAAUAAGACUUGGUUCAACAGCUGGUUUAACAGGGUUGAAAAAUGGAUUAUCAUCCAAGAUUACCGCUUUUUAUCUUGAAGAAAUUUCAUUUAAAACCGAUAAAAAGACAGAGAUAGAUUGCUCAAACACUGAUCGACAUCUUUAUUCAAUUGAUCGUAAUGCUUGUGCACCAUUUCAAUCACUAUCAAAUCACAUUGAGGGAGAACUAGAAGACAUUCCAAAGAAUCUUGUAUUAUUAGAUGUAAGUAUUCAUUCUGGAUCUAAAUUUCCUAAGUAG